CUGGGGCCGCCACCGUGGUUUCCCUGGUGACCGGCCGGGCGCCCUGUGAUGAGGCGAGAGGAUGCUGCCACGGUGGCCGCGCGACCCCCUGCAGUGCCUGCAGCGCCGUGACCAAGAGCUGAAGCAGCAGGUUGAUAGUUUGCUUUCUGAGAGUCAAUUGAAAGGAGCUCUAGAAGCCAGUAAAAGGCGAGAUAUUUACCAAAGAUGUAUCCAAUUAAAACAGGCAAUUGAUGAAAAUAAAAGUACUCUUCAAAAAUUAAAAAAAGCUGAUGAACCUAUACCUGUUGGGAACUAUCAUCAGAAAAAGGAAGAGGAGCACAGUCUCUUGGAUAAACUUACCCACCAGCUGCAGGAACUUGCCAUGUCUAUAAGCAGAGAGAAUAUAACUGAAAUUGGGGAAUUUACUGAAAGAGCGGAAGAUGAUUCUGCUGAAGAUGAAGAAGAAGAUGAUGAUGAUGAAGAAGAAAGUAAAGAAAGUGGUGGGGAAGAAGAAGAAACACAAGAGGAAGAGAAACAGGAAAAUGAAUCUCACCAACAGGUGACAAGUAAAGAAUACAUUGCUGUUGGAGAUUUUACUGCUCAGCAGGCUGGAGAUCUGACAUUUAAGAAAGGGGAAAUUCUCCUUAUAAUUGAAAAAAAACCUGAUGGCUGGUGGAUGGCUAAGAGUGCCAAAGGAAACAAAGGUCUCGUUCCCAAAACCUACCUGGAGCCCUAUCAUGAAGAAGAAGACCAAGAGUCAAGUGAAGAAGGCAGUGAAGAAGAUGUGGAGGUUGGGGAUGAGAUAGCAGAGGAAGCAGAAGUUAAACAAAGAACAGAUUCUCAUUGGAGUGCUGUCCGAAAAGCUCUCUCCGAGCAGGUAAACACUGUUGAUGUGUUGACCACGAUGGGAGCUAUUCCUACAGGGUUCAGGCCUUCCACACUCUUCCAGCUUCUGGAGGAAGGGAAUCAGUUUCGAGCAAGCUACUUCUUACAGCCGGAGCUCGCUCCUUCGCAGCUGGCCUUCAGAGAUCUCAUGUGGAAUGCUAAGACAGGCACUAUUAGGUCAAGACCAAGUCAUGUUUCUUUGAUUCUGACCCUCUGGAGUUGUAAGAUGAUCCCUCUUCCAGGAGUGAGCAUCCAGGUUCUCAGCAGACAUGUGCGGCUUUGUCUGUUUGAUGGUAAUAAGGUUCUGAGCAACAUUCAUACAGUCAGAGCCACAUGGCAACCUAAAAAACCCAAAACAUGGACGUUUUCUCCCCAGGUUACCGGCAUCUUGCCCUGCUUACUUGAUGGUGAUUGUUUCCUCAGGUCUAAUUCUUUAUCUCCAGAUCUUGGAAUAUUAUUUGAACCUGGAAUUUCUUAUAUUCGCAAUUCAACCGGUGAAAGAGGAGAAUUAAGUUGUGGCUGGGUGUUUCUUAAACUUUUUGAUGCCAGUGGAAUUCCUAUUCCAGCAAAGACUUAUGAGCUCUUCCUGAAUGGCGGCACCCCUUAUGAAAAAGGUGUUGAAGUGGACCGUUCAGUGUCCAGAAGAGCACAUGGGAGUGUUUUCCAUCAGAUGAUGAUGAUGAGAAGGGAGCCUCAGCUUCUAGUAAAACUGAGAUCUUUGAACAGAAGAUCAAGAGACAUACUCAGUCUACUGCCAGAAAUAUUAAUUGGAAGUAUGUGCUGCAUUCAUUUGUUGAUAUUUUAUCGCCAAAUUCUUGGAGAUGUACUCCUGAAAGGCAGGAUGAGCAUGCAGAGUGCUGAUUUUAUCAGUCAUCCUGUGCUGGCCACCUUCCCCAAGCUCCUGGAGCAGCCUGAUGUGAUGGAUGCACUCAGGAGUUCGUGGGCUGAGAAAGAAAGCACAUUAAAAAGAUCAGAGAAGAGAGACAGAGAGUUCCUGAAGGCUGUGUUUCUUCUGGUUUACCAUGACUGCGUGGUCCCCCUUCUUCAUUCGACACUCCUGCCCCCAUUCAGGUGGGCAGAAGAAGAGACUGAGGCUGCACGAUGGAAAGUCAUCGCCGACUUCCUGAAGCAAAACCAAGAAAACAAGGGUGCUCUCCAAGCUCUGCUGUCACCAGAUGGAGUCCAUGAACCUUUUGACAUUUCGGAGCAGACUUAUGACUUCCUGGGUGAAAUAAAAAAGAAAGCAGCCUGACACUGGUGGCCCAUGACCCUCACCUUCCCACCGCAUCUCAAGGAUCCUCCAUGGUGACCUGAAUAAAGUAACAGAACCAAAAGUAACUGUCACGUUAACUUAGGCUUUACUCUUCUUUGUACAAAUUCUAUGUGAAAUGGUUAUCUCAUAAGUUGAAUAUGCUUUAAUACAAUAAAAUAAGUCUUUAUAAGGAA